AUGCAGAAUGAGAUAACACUCAGCACACUAGCACCUGGACAAACGCCUGCACUCAUUUUGAAAACCGAAAAUGGAUAUCAAUUGCUGCGCGUUGGCACGGCCACCUCGGGCCCGGUGACACCAACCAUUGGCGGCAGUGGCGGCACUAACUCCACCAACCCGGCACAAAUUCGUUUACAAACUGUACCAGCUGCUGUAAGUAGAUUCACAGGGCCUCCUAUAGCACUUCGUAAAACGAUUGUAAGAUCAUCCACCUCCACAAGUACCACUACUACCACCCACCACCACCAACAUCAUCAACAACAGCAGCAAGCAAAACAGCACCAACAACAGGCAACAGUGACGAAACAGAUAAAACAAAAUUCGAUGGCAGUGUCCUCGUCCACAUCCAAUAAUAUUGUUGUGAACUCCGUUGCAUCGAAUACUGCCGGCCCACAUCAUUCAUACACGUCCCAAGCGAAUAUAACAUUGCAGCAGCCUCAGCAUCAUCAGACCACACUGCAACAUCAACAACAGCAAUCGCAUCUGCAAUCGCAACACCACCAACAAAUCCACCAGCAGACGCAACAUUUGCUCCCUCAGCCCCAGAUUACCCAAAUACAAACAAUUCCAGCACAACAUUCAGCCGGUGCGACCGCCUCUACGGGCACUUCGAACACAACGACAAUGAGUAACAACCACAGCGCGGUGGUGUCCACGGCAAGUGCCGGCACAACGACGGGGACACCAACUAUGGCGACAACGCAAAGCGCUGCGCAAGGAAAUACCAAAGAGAAAUGUCGAAAAUUCUUGGCUAACUUAAUUGAUUUGGCAACGCGCGAACCCAAGCCGGUGGAAAAGAAUGUGCGUAACCUUAUCCAAGAGUUGGUAAAUGCGAACGUUGAGCCAGAGGAGUUUUGCGAUCGGCUGGAACGACUGUUAAAUGCCAGUCCACAACCUUGUCUAAUUGGAUUUUUGAAGAAAAGUUUACCGCUGCUGCGUCAGGCGCUUUUUACUAGAGAACUUGUAAUUGAAGGCAUUAAGCCCCCCCCCGCAGCAUGUAGCCGGUUUGACUACCUUACAACAGUUUCCGAAAAUUCAAGCGCAAAUACGCCCCAUUAGUCAAAAUCAAACGACUACCAUCGGACAGACGCAAGUGAGAAUGAUUUCGCCUGGUGGGCCAGGUGGUCCCCGACCUAUUGGACAUACGACGAUCACAAAG